UCAUCAAAAAGACGGAAUGUCAGUGACCGCUGAAUCAUUUUUUCAAAGUCGUUCAUUGGAACGAAUCAUUUAAAAGAACCGAUACGCGAAAAUGAGUCGGACUUCCCAUCACUACUGUUCUGCGCUUGAAACUAAUCCCCUUUCGUCACGCGCUGAGCGGAAGUGACGUACAUAGCCAGAAGCGUGACGAAGGCUGGCUUAAAAAUACAACAAGGAAGUGGACGUUUACUGUCAAGGCUAAAAUAACAUUCAUAAAGGAGACAUUGAAUUACCUAUCGGUGUCUUAUCACUGAAUAAGUACCGGGAGGGUAUAGUCAUCUCGGACUUACCCGAAAGCCCGUGAGUAUCUGUUUGAAUAACCGUGGAGCUCGAGUCCAGCAAUGAACACGGACGUAGAAUUUCACAUCAGGCAGAAUUACCCGUGGAACAAACUGCCAGCUAAUGUCAAACAGAGCCUGGGAAACUCACAGCGUGAAUAUGACAAACAGGUUCUUCUGUACAGUAUCCGAAACCAGCUUCGCUUCCGCAAUAACCUAGUCAGGCAUGUGAAGAAGGAUGAACGCAAGUAUUAUGAAGAGCUGUUGAAGUACAGCCGGGAGCAUCUGAUGCUCUACCCCUACCACCUGUCUGACAUCAUGGUCAAGGGUCUGCGGGUCACCCCCUUCUCCUACUACAUCAGCAUCAUGGAGGACAUCAUGAACUGUGAGAAGAGUUAUGAUUCCCUGCCCAACUUCACUGCUGCUGACUGUCUGAGGCUGCUUGGGAUUGGCAGGAACCAGUACAUUGACCUAAUGAACCAGUGCAGAUCUUCCAAAAAAUUCUUCCGGAGGAAAUCGGCUCGGGAUCUCCUGCCAGCAAAACCUGUGGAGAUCACGGUAGAGCCCUGGUGGGUGGUACAGACCGGAUAUAUCACCGAGGAUGACAUCAGGAUCUGCUCUGUGGCGGAGAAGACGGCCAUUGAUAAGAUGAUAGAUUCUGGACCCCAGCUGGCUGGAUCAAUGGAGUACAACGUGGUUCUGAGUUUGUACAACCGGGGCUAUAUAUAUCUUGAUGUGCCCAUAUCAGAUGACAGCUGUAUAUCAGUGCCGCCGCUUGAGGGGUUUGUCAUGAACAGAGUCCAGGGUGAUUAUUUCGAAACGCUACUCUACAAAAUCUUCGUUUCCAUCGAUGAGCAGACUAAUGUGUCGGAGCUGGCUAAUGUACUGGAGAUUGACUUGGGCCUGGUGAAGAAUGCAGUGUCCAUGUAUUGUCGCCUGGGGUUCGCUAUCAAAAAGGGUCAUGUGAUCAGCCCGGACCAGCUGCACCCCUCAUGGAAGAGUGCCCCUUCGGUCAACAGACUCAAAGGCACUAUGGACCCUCAGAAGAUGCUGCUGUCAUGGGAGGGUGGGAGUCCAGUGAUGGAGGCCGGUUCCUCAGCCACUGAUACAGACACCACCAGCCUGGAGGACCAGGACACUGCAAGUGUGAGCAGUCUAAGUAUUCCAGCCGCCCCGACUAAGAGGAUCGCCUUUCUGUUUGACUCCACGCUCACCGCCUUCCUCAUGAUGGGCAAUCUGUCCCCUAACUUGAAGAGCCACGCUGUGACGAUGUUUGAGGUGGGGAAGUUGUCUGAUGAGACCCUGGACAGUUUUCUCAUGGAACUGGAGAAGGUUGAGAGCACUGCUGAAGGAGAGGCUCAGAGAUAUUUUGACCAUGCGCUGACCCUCAGGAACACAAUACUCUUUCUGCGCUACAACAAAGAUCUCACGCCUGAUCAGGGCCCUGAUGUACCAAAUAUAGGCCUGCCUCUGGACCUCCUCCGCUGUGAAAGCCUGCUGGGAUUGGACCCUGCCACCUGCAGCCGUGUGUUGAACAAGAACUACAAACUGCUAGUUUCCAUGGCGCCACUCAGCAACGAGAUCCGGCCAAUCAGCAGCUGCACGCCUCAGCACAUUGGUCCAGCCAUUCCUGAGGUCAGCUCCAUCUGGUUCAAACUGUAUCUGUAUUCUGUCACUGGUCAAGGCCCUCCAUCACUUCUGUUGUCCAAGGGCUCCAGGCUCAGGAAGCUGCCAGAGAUCUUCCAGGCCUAUGACCGACUGCUUAUUACAUCAUGGGGUCAUGACCCUGGGGUUGUUCCGACAUCCAAUGUGCUAACAAUGCUGAACGAUGCCCUCACCCACUCUGCUGUGCUCAUCCAGGGUCAUGGAAUGCAUGGACACGGUGAAACUGUCCAUGUCCCAUUCCCAUUUGACGACGAAGACCUUAAAGCAGAGUUCUCAUAUUCCAAUAUGUGUGCGCACAAAGCCCUUAAGAUCCUCCGGGACAAAGUGGAUCUGGAGCACCAGUGUGGCUACAUCACCAUGCUCAACCACAACAACAGACAUCGCAGACGACCCAGUGACGCCGACGGAGACCCUGAGCUUAGUGGAGUGCUUGAUGCCAACGGAAGCAAUGAAUCUUUUGAGCUGGUUACAGAGGAGAAUAACGGAGACGGCAGCAAGAAAACGGGAACAGAAGGGUCGUCCAGUGAGGAUGAAUGGGUUCCUCUGGAGCUUUGCUUUGGGAUGCCUCUUUUUAGCUCUGAGUUAAACCACAAAGUGUGUCAGAGGAUCGUCUCCCACAAACUCUGCAGCAAAGACAGUCUUCAAGAGUUACUACAUUCCAGUCGAAAACUGGCAUUAAAGGUUCUCAGUUUUGUUUAUGCAUUCCAGAACGGAAAACAGCCCGCGGACCCUGACAGUGGGGUCUAUGGUCCCCUGAGUCAGCCCCCAGCAGAGUCUGGCGUCCCCCUCCCCGCAAUCAACCUGCUCUUCAAGGAGGGCGAGCUGAAGGAAUGGAGCGGCCGAGCGCCGCCCUCCCUGCACAUCUCUGCCCCACAGAGAGAUCAGCCCACAUAAAACACCACCCUCAAAAUAACCCUGUUCAGAUCCACACCAUACACCGCUUAUGUCAUGAGUUACCAUGUUACCUGUGGCACUCAAUCACACACAGCCAUCAAGUGCUGCUGCCGCCAUCCGUCACGUCUGGAUGCGAGCCUCCAGAGUAAAGUCCCGACGGCUCACACGUCCCAUUCACCCAAUCAAAAAAUAGAAAAUCUAUUUACAAAAAACCUUUUAAUGUGUAUAUAGACUUUGCUUGGAAAACAUAGGACCAAUCCUGGGGUUGGAUGAAAUCGCCCUACUUGUAUUACCAUGUUUUGUGACCUGAUGCAUGAUAUCACUGCACAAAAUCUCAGAAACUACUUGACUGAAUCAGCAGGGUUUGAAAACACAAAUUUGAGGUUUACGUUUUGCACAAAGCCUGAGGAUGAAAUUCAGGUUUAUUCGAUUUUUUUUUUUUUUUUUUGGGUGAGACUUGAUUACGGUUUAUUAGGUAGUAUUCCAGCUGGAAAUCUUGUCCGUCUCAAUUCUGCUUAGCAGAGGAGCGUUUCAGCUUCACUGAGACCAAAGACCUACUUGUUUUAUGUUGAUUUUUACUAUUAUUUUAAUUAUCGCUGCCUUAUUUGCUUUGUGCCCAUUAGACUACUUUAUCACCGAAUGCAUUUAUUCCACUAGGCCAGUUUGAAUAUGUUCACACUAUCUGCUUUAGUCCACAAACCUUCAAAUAGUGACAACAAGGUCGUCGAUUAUCCAUCAGUACCUAGAUGUGUUGAAUAUCAGUAUAAGUUUAGAGUUUGUUGUGCGAAUAUGCAGUAAUACAGCAUUAAAAUUCCCCUCAGUGGCCUGAUUUUUUUCCCUCAUGCCUUUACUGAGGGUGUUGCCAGUGUUUCCCCAAUCAAACCUUAUGGUAGUGGUGUAUGAAGACCGAUUAGAGAUCUUGGUGCUGCAUGAUGAGUGUGUAGAGUCGUUGUGUGUAUUGUGCACCAUCCUCUCCUCAUCUCUUUAUUUCCCCUUUCCAUUCCUUCCUGCAACGAUACGGUCCAAAACAACACCGGCUCCGUGCCUGACCCUGUCACACUGUUAGGGAAAAAAUAACCGGUAGUUUUAUAAAGUCUCCCUGCAUUUUAGGAACUCUCUGUUGUAGUGUACUUGAUGGGACUGUGAACAUGCUCUUGUAAUUAAAUGGGUACAGAAGUUACAUUUUCCCCUCACUCCAUCCCAUUCUCCAAAAUAUAUGUCAUAACAAAUGAAUAUGUAAAAAGUAUAUGAAAGUACUAAUAAAUAUGUUACAAAAACA